GUUCUGAGUAUCAAAGCUGGACACGUUUUUUUAAUCAAAGCUAGACACUUGCUAAAAUGUUGCCGAGUUAAAUGCAACAGUGCGAAUAUAACCUUGUCAGGGGAAAACUAUUUGGCAGUUGUUAACGCGCACGCGCAUGCAUGCGUUUGUGAGUGAGGUCAAAAUAAUGGCAUAGCAUUGUUAAUUUCAUAGAAUGGGAAAAUGCAUCCUUGGAAAUAUGAUGCAAAUAGCAGUUGCUAACAAUGUGCGACUGUGCCUACAAUAUGUUGGACUUCGCUGAGUAGCCCAUUGCGUUCUUAAAGACUGUUUGAAAGAUAAGUUGAGCCAGCGCGCACCAGCUGCCGCGUAGCUUUGAUGAAUUGGAAUGCUAAUACACGCUCUUUGUAUUUGCAGAGAUUCCUAUCUUCGUUAUCGACUGAACGUAUAUCAAAAGGGAGAGGUUGUGGUCUGGUAGGGUAGUUAUUUUCCUGAACCCAUCGUUUGUUUAACACAGGCUAUGCCAUUAUUUAGUCUUGAAAUUUAACCUGCGUAACUUUGUUUUUUACCUUACAUUGAAUACUGAAAACAUCACUGACAACAAGAGAAGGGGUAUGCGUAUCAGAUGACGUGACAAUUCAAGAUUGAAGCAUUUUAGGAGUCUUCAAAACAAAUUUUGCAACCGACAGAAGCGGUUUUUUUAACGUUGUGUUAUUUUUUCUUUUUUGCAGGCGAGUCAUUUUUUAAUGCUCCGAAGUGGCUAUGGGUAAGCCUAUCUGCCUGCAUUCGUGACAGCCGGCCAGUAAACAUGUAACUGUGGCAUCGUUUCGUUCUCCAGAGUGUGUUUAGCACGUGCGCCAGAACUCAUUUUAAGCCAGCUCUCGGAAUGUGUUUAAUACAUUUUUUUUAACAAGGAGCAAUAUCCGCUCUUUCAUUACAUUCGUCGCUCGGUUCCAAACGCAACAAGGUCCGGAGGAGGGGGAAUUUGGCAAACUAGUAAAGUUCACAGCUCUCAGCAAAAUGUAGAUGGUCCCUUACGUGUAUCCAUGCUUCAUGGAAGCACAUUGGGGAGGAGAAACUGUAUGUAAAAACGCCUAUUUCAGUGUGUUCAAGGCGGGGCAAGACUCCUUCGUCACCCAAUUCCCACCCCCAUUUGAGUGGAGUCAGAGAGGGGAGAAGAGAAAGUUUAGGCUCAUAUGCGAUGGAAGGUGGGAGUGUUGGGCGAAGCCAAACAACGCUGCUUUCUUUUAAACGGCUAAAUAUAGCUGUUAUAGCACUCAAAUAAUUAUCUUGAAACACAAUUAAUUCCACCGUCGAACAACCGAUCACAUCCAUGCCCGGAAAUUAAUGACAACAUCGAAGCUAAUACCGUAUUUCGAACUUGGUAUCCAAGAAAAAUAGCAGUUUUUUCGGAGGAGUUCGAAGGUCUAUUUCAACAGGGGAAUUAUUGAAUGACUUUCCCGGGGACUAUUUUAUUAGUUGUGUUUUUCAUAAUUUGCGUAUUUUGGACCAUACGGAUGAGCAACCUCGUUUUGAGCUGAAGACAAACUGGACACUAAUCUCCUUCAUCUGGGAAAGUACACAUCGGUCUGGAGUAAAUGCUCUGAAUCGUCUUCAUAUAUAAAUCUCUCUAUAUAUAUAUUUUUUUAAUUAAACAGAUUCAUGUGGAUUUUUUUCCCUUGCUUCCAUAAUUUUCAUUGUUUUAAGAUCAACAUGGAAGCCUUUCAUUUGAAGAUUGCGAUUUCCCUGUGGUGUCAGCUGAUGAUCGCCGGCUCCAGCUUGGACAUCGCGGCUUACGACGCCGAGCUGGGCAUUCAGGCGAAGUGCGAGCCCAUCACCAUCCCCAUGUGCCAGGACAUCGGCUACAACGUGACGCGGAUGCCCAACUUCAUGAAGCACGAGACCCAGGCGGAGGCCAGCAUCAAGCUGAACGAGUUCGCGCCGCUGGUGGAGUACGGCUGCGACGUCCACCUGCGCUUCUUCCUCUGCUCGUUGUACGCGCCCAUGUGCACCGACAAGGUGUCCAACACCAUCCCGGCCUGCCGGCCCAUGUGCGAGCAGGCGCGGCAGAAGUGCUCGCCCAUCAUGGAGAAGUUCAGCUUCGGCUGGCCCGACUCGCUCGACUGCUCCCGGCUGCCCACCAAGAACGACCCCAACGCCCUGUGCAUGGAGGCGCCCGAGAACGACACCAAGACCGAGACCAAGAAGGGCGAGGGCAUGCUGCCGGUGCCCCCCCGGGCCAGGCAGCCGGGCGCCGGCGGCGGGCGCGCCGCGGGCAGCCUGGGGUCCUGCGACAACCCGGAGAAGUUCCAGUACGUGGAGAAGAGCCAGUCCUGCGCCCCCCGCUGCUCCUCCGUCGUGGACGUCUUCUGGUCCCGCCAGGACAAGGACUUCGCCUUCGUCUGGAUGGCGGUCUGGUCCACGCUCUGCUUCGUCUCCACCGCCUUCACCGUGCUGACCUUCCUCCUGGACCCCCACCGCUUCCAGUACCCCGAGCGGCCCAUCAUCUUCCUCUCCAUGUGCUACAACGUCUACUCGGUGGCCUUCAUCAUCCGCUCGGUGGCGGGCGCCGAGAACAUCGCCUGCGACCGCGAGAACGGCGAGCUCUACAUCAUCCAGGAGGGCCUGGAGAGCACGGGCUGCACCAUCGUCUUCCUCAUCCUCUACUACUUCGGCAUGGCCAGCUCCAUCUGGUGGGUCAUCCUCACGCUCACCUGGUUCCUGGCGGCGGGCAGGAAGUGGGGCCACGAGGCCAUCGAGGCGCACAGCAGCUACUUCCACAUGGCGGCCUGGAUCCCCGCCAUGAAGACCAUCGUCAUCCUCACCAUGAGGAAGGUGGCGGGCGACGAGCUGACGGGGCUGUGCUACGUGGGCAGCAUGGACGUCAACGCCCUGACGGGCUUCGUCCUCAUCCCGCUCUCCUGCUACCUGGUCAUCGCGACCUCCUUCAUCCUGACGGGCUUCGUGGCGCUCUUCCACAUCCGCAAGAUCAUGAAGACGGGCGGCACCAACACGGAGAAGCUGGAGAAGCUCAUGGUGAAGAUCGGCGUCUUCUCCAUCCUCUACACCGUGCCGGCCACCUGCGUGAUCAUCUGCUACUUCUACGAGCGCCUCAACAUGGACUACUGGAAGUUCCGGGCGCUGGAGGGCAAGUGCGCCACCCUGCCCGGGCGGCGGAACGAGGACUGCUCGCUGGAGGCCUCCGUGCCCACGGUGGCCGUCUUCAUGCUCAAGAUCUUCAUGUCCCUGGUGUGGGCAUCACCAGCGGGGGUGUGGGUGUGGAGCUCCACGACCCUGCAGACCUGGCAGGGCCUGUGCAACAGGAAGCUGGCGGUCAGGACUAGCAGGAAGCCCUGCAACGGCGUCAGCUGCGGCAGCAACCACUGCCACUACAAGGCCCCGGCGGUGGUGCUCCACAUGACCAAAACGGACCCCUAUUUAGACACCCCCACGCACGUCUGAGAACUGGAACCAGGCGCUAUCGGGAGUGUUCCUCGGACGGAGCCCAAAGGGAAGGGGGGGCGGGGGCAG